CAUUUUGUGCUGCUUUAGUCUUGACUUUCUUGUGUUUGGUUAUACAAUAGAAGCGAUUGUUUUAAGAUUUGAGGUUUCUGGUAUAUGAAAAUGAGCGGCAAGGAACCAGUCAAGCUAGACGAUGAGCAAAUCACCGAACUACGAGAAAUCUUUCGAUCUUUCGAUCGAAACAACGAUGGCAGCCUAACGCAGCUGGAACUCUGUUCGCUUUUGCGGUCCUUAGGCCUAAAACCCAGCUCCGACCAAGUCGAAGCCUUAAUACAAAAGGCCGACACCAACAACAACGGGUUGGUUGAGUUCUCGGAGUUUGUAUCUCUGGUGGCGCCGGAGCUGAUGUCGGAGAAGUCGCCCUACAGUGAGCAGCAGCUGAGGCAGUUGUUCAAGAUGUUCGAUAGGGAUGGGAACGGAUAUAUCAGUGCUGCCGAGUUGGCGCAUUCGAUGGCGAAGCUUGGGCACGCGCUGACGGCAGAGGAGUUGACGGGGAUGAUCAAGGAGGCGGAUACCGAUAGAGACGGGAUGAUUAGUUUUGAGGAGUUCUCACAGGCCGUCUCUAACGCUGCGUUUGAUAAUUCAUGGGGUUGAUUGAAUUUUAAGCCGUAAAGGACUAGUUUGCUAUGUUGGAC